AUGAAGCUAGUUACGCACAACAUGCUUUCCUCCAAGUGUUUGAAGGGGGUGGUCAAAGGGUUCCCGCUGAAAAUUCAUGCCGUGGAAGUGAAGACUCAUGAGGUUGAGUUCAAUAAGGAGCAAGUGAUCCGACUGAUACCCAAACUGGAAUGGCCAGCUUUGUGUGAGGCUGCGGAAUCUUUGGGCGAGCUUAGUGGUCUACCGCCAGAUGUUGGGCCGGAUUUUGAAGGCGACGAAGAUUUUUUGAAGAAAGCUCAUCAUAUCCUUUUCGAGGUUGAUGUCGUAAAUGGGGAAUUGGAGUGUCCCGAGACUGGUCACAAAUUUCCUGUUCGGAAUGGCAUUCCAAAUAUGCUUGCGGACCAAAAGGAUCACUCUGCAGAUAGUUGAAUACCAAGAGUGAUUUUUACAAAGCAUCUUUUUUGGUUUGUUGCAAUAAAACUUGGUUUCUUUGUUGCGCGAAAGUGACUAUCACUCCGCGAAUACAUAGGACUAUAUUUGUACCUAGAUUCAAACGUAAAAUUUUUGUUCAUCGCGUUGAAUUACUACUUCGAGAUCUUUGUGAAUCUUCGGUGAAACGCAAUGAGUUCCUUUCGCAAGGAUAAGAAAGAUGAGGAAGAAGGUGGUUCUGGGAAUCCCUUCAACAACUUGGAAAAAGCCAGCGUUCUUCAAGAGGCGCGUGCCUUCAAUGACACUCCGGUCAAUCCCAGGAAGUGCACACAAAUUCUUACAAAAAUUUUGUAUCUCAUCAAUCAAGGAGAAACCCUUGGCGCGAGAGAAGCUACGGACGCCUUCUUUGCUAUGACUAAAUUAUUCCAGUCGAAAGACGUCAUCCUGCGUCGAAUGGUGUAUUUGGGGAUCAAGGAACUCGCUCCAAUCGCCGAGGAUGUGAUCAUUGUUACUUCCAUCUUGACGAAAGACAUGACUGGUAAAGAGGAUCUUUAUCGUCCUGCUGCAAUCCGUGCAUUAUGCGCGAUUACGGAUACAACUAUGCUCCAAGCGAUCGAGCGCUACAUGCGCCAAGCUAUUGUGGACAAGAUUCCUGCGGUUAGCUGUGCUGCAUUAGUCAGCAGCCUACACAUGUGUCAGUAUUCUGGAGAAAUCGUGAAGCGAUGGGUUAAUGAAGCUCAAGAAGCAGUAAAUUCUGACAACAUCAUGGUUCAGUAUCACGCCCUGGGCUUGCUGUAUCAUAUCAGGAAAAGCGAUAGACUAGCUGUCAGCAAAUUGGUGACGAAAUGCACUCGAAUGGUUCUUAAAUCACCUUAUGCGGCAUGUCUCCUGAUACGCAUUGCGUGCAGAUUGAUCAAAGAGGAAGAAACUGGUCCGGAUUCUCCCUACCUGGAAUUCAUCGAGUCAUGUUUACGACACAAGUCCGAAAUCGUUAUUUAUGAAGCUGCCCAAGCUCUCGUGAACCUCAAAACCUCGACUUCGUCCACAUCUUCUCGAGAACUUGGACCAGCUGUGUCUGUUCUGCAACUGUUCUGUUCCAGCCCGAAACCCACGCUUCGUUUCGCUGCUGUGCGAACGUUGAACAAGGUUGCGAUGACAAACCCAGCAGCAGUUGCUGCUUGUAAUUUGGAUUUAGAGAAUCUGAUUACGGAUGUCAAUCGAUCCAUUGCAACUUUGGCAAUUACAACGCUGCUGAAGACUGGUGCAGAGUCAUCUGUUGAUCGGCUGAUGAAACAAAUCGCGACGUUUGUGUCCGAGAUAUCCGAUGAAUUCAAGAUCGUGGUAGUUGGAGCGAUCCGAGCUCUAGGGACCAAGUUCCCAAGAAAGCACGGUGUGCUGAUGAAUUUCUUGUCCUCAUUGUUGCGUGACGAAGGAGGCCUGGAAUACAAAGCUGCGAUUGCCGAUACAAUAAUAACAAUAAUAUCCGAUAAUCCAGAAGCUAAGGAAGCAGGACUGUCACAUCUAUGUGAAUUUAUUGAAGAUUGUGAGCAUACAAGUCUUGCUGUUCGGAUUCUGCACCUUUUAGGGAAAGAAGGCCCCAGAACCAAGCAACCCUCUCGGUAUAUUCGCUUCAUCUACAACCGUGUGAUUCUGGAGAAUGCUUCUGUGCGAGCUGCAGCUGUGUCAGCGUUGGCAAAAUUCGGGGCCUUGUGUGAUGAUCUGCUACCCGCCAUACUCGUUUUAUUGGCACGUUGUCGCAUGGACACGGAUGACGAAGUCAGGGAUAGAGCAACUUACUAUUACGCCAUUCUCGACCAGCAAAGCCGUGCUUUGAACUCUCAGUACAUCCUGAAUCCGUUACCUGUGUCCGUAACAAGUUUGGAGAAGGCUUUGCACUUGUACACGUUGGACCCAGUCGACACUCCUUUCGAUAUCAAGUCCGUGCCCUUGGCACUGGAGUCGGAAACAGCGGAAGCAGAGAAAAAGGCUGGUGCUCCGGAAGGAUCGUUGCUUUCUACUGCGAAGGCUGCAGAACCGACCGCAACUCGUUUGGACGUGUUUGCAUCUCAAUUGGCCAAUGUUCCAAGCGUUGCCGCCCUCAACCUCGGCCCACUUUUCAAGAGUUCUCAACCUUCGGAUUUGACCGAAUCUGAAACCGAAUACGUCGUUCAAUGUAUCAAGCACGUUUUUAGUCGACAUGUUGUUUUACAGUUCGAUUGCACGAACACGUUGAGCGAUCAGCUGCUCGAAAAUGUGCACGUUGCACUAGAGGCUCCAGAAGGUUGGGAAAUUUUGGCGGAAGUUCCGUGCCCAAGGUUGGAAUACAAUGUUUCUGGAACCGUUUACAUCGUAUUGCGAAUGCCGGAGGAAAUAUCGGAAUGCCUUGGAUCAUUCACUGCUGUAUUGAAAUACAAAGUCAGAGACUGCGACCCGGCUACAGGACUGCCGGACAGUGAUGACGGCUACAACGACGAGUACGCGUUGGAAGACGUGGAAAUAUCGGUGGCGGAUCAAGUUCAGCGUGUGAUGAAGACAGAUUUUGCCAUGGCUUGGGAGGAAAUCGGUCCUACGAACGAAUUGGAAGACACCUACGCGCUCACCGCUCUCAAUAAGUUGGAUGACGCGGUUCGAACAGUAGUCCAGUUUUUGGGAAUGCAAGCCUGUGACCGAACCGACCGCGUGCCGCCUGGGAAGAGUACUCACGCGUUGCUUCUUGCUGGUGUUUUCCGUGGUGGUUAUGAGGUGCUCGUGCGAACCAAGUUAGCCAUGUCGCCGCAAACGGAAGGUGUGACCAUGCACUUGUGCGUCCGUUCGGAAGAUCCAUCUGUUUCUGAGCUCAUCACGCAAGCCGUCGGCUAAUGUGUCGUGGACUCGACCCACAUUUUUUUUCGAGCCCGUGAUUUUUUUUUUUUUUUUGGGAUCGCACUGGUGCGUGAUUUUCUUUUCUUAUUGCUUUCCGUUUAACAGAGUAAUAGCAUUAUUUUUCGUAAGCAUGCGUAAAACCGGACAUAUUUCUGGGGUUAAUUUAAUUCAAGCCGCUUCUUUCAAAAUUUGAGUGAAUAAAUUUAAGGGCACAUAUUCCGAAAGUCAGUCUUAGCCGAGUAGAUUCCGAACGAUUUUCUGAAUUCGAUUAUCGUGAGGCGGAAAUUGAGGAAUGAAGAUUUUGAUGUGUAAUGAAAACAUUUUUGAUUAUUCAUCUGGGAAGAUGUAAGCUCUUCUGAUUCCGGUUAACACCAAAAAUUGCAACUCUGCCGGAUUCCUGGUGCUUUACGAAAAGUUAUAGGAAAGCGAGAGAUAAAAAUAUAAUUUUUUUCCUCCCGAAACGCAUUCAUUGCGAAGUAAUGCAUCUUUGAAAAGUUGCCACGGAAAGAGGGAAUUGCUGUUGAACAUUCACUCCUUUUUUGCCGCACCAUUUUUUUUUCGGGGAGGGGCGACUAAAGUUUUCCAUUCCAGAAUUGCAUCGUGCGUUGUUGUUUCGAAUCACUGGAGUUGAUGGAUCAUAUUUAUUUCUUUCUUGGAUUUGAAAGGAUGUUUGAUUUUCUCUGCGUCGGCGGGAUCUUGUGUUUUGGAGUGUUGCGUUUGGCCGGACGGAUCCUUGUCAUACCUGUGGUCAUCGGUGUGGCUGUAUCGCAUGAAGAGACGUGGGAAUACAUACUAUAUUCUGAGUAUUGGAA